AUGUCGUGCUCCCACAGCGUGCUAGCUCAAGUCUCAACUGUAUCAGGCUAUGUCUCAUUUUUAACAUCUUUCAUAGCGCAAAUACCGCAAGUCUUGGAGACUUAUGUGGACAAAACGGUGGAGGGGCUUUCGCCAUGGUUUUUGCUUGCAUGGCUGGUUGGAGACAUAACGUCUCUUGGAGGAGCGAUUUUGACGGACCAGCUGCCUUUCCAGAUCAUAUUAGCUAUCUAUUUUCUGCUCAACGAUCUGUUUAUCUGCGGCCAAUACUACUAUUACGGAGUUCUCCAUGAAAACAAGCUAGCAACUCCGGGCCACGAGCAGAUCGCGCCAGAGGAGAGAAUAGCGUUUGUGAGAAGUAGAAGUUCUGAAAGACCUCUUGACUCCGGAUUCAACCAGCAGUCGUGGCUGGCAGGUCUGCUUUGUUUUAGCACCGGAGCCCGGGGCAUGGCUCUGGGUAACACUUUCCGUGUUGCAAGCACCAAUUCCACAGCCGCAUCUAACGCUGGGGUGGUGCUGGCUUGGUUUGGUGCGCUGUGCUACGUUGGUGCGAGAAUCCCUCAGCUGUACAAAAACUACCAGCGUAAGUCCACAGACGGACUUUCGCCCUUUUUAUUUAUAAACACACUGCUGGCCAACACGACUUACAAUGUGAGCAUCUUCACGAGCUGCAAGUUUUUGGAGCGGGCCGACAAGUGGGACUUUGUGAUGAACGAGAUGCCCUUCAUAGUGGGGAGUGCCGGCACCGUGCUCUUCGACCUCGCAUAUUUCUACCAGCACUACGUUUUGUAUGCGGAGGACAUGCGUCUGAGAGAACUCGAAACCCAUCUGAGCAACGACGAAAGCACUCCAUUGCUCUAA